AUGGAGAAUUUGUUGAAGGCGAAGGGAUUGUGGGGGCUAAUCGAACGAGGGGUUGAGGAGCCGAAAGAAGGGACAACGCUCAACCAGACGCAACAAACGCAACUCGACGAACUAAGAAUGAAGGAUUGUAAGACAAAGUACGGGAGUAAUGAGAAGGUCAAGAAAUCGAUGUUGAAUACCCUGCGGAGGGACUUUGAGCUUCUAGAAAUGAAGAACACUGAGUCGAUUAAAGAAUACUUUUCUAGGGUGACGGCCAUGGCAAACAAAAUAAGAAGCAAUGGGGAGGUUACUCCAGACUCCAAGCUGCAAAGCUCACUGGCUGUACAUGAACAAAAAUUCAAGAAAAUGAAUGUGGAAGAAGAUCAUGCUUUGAAGGUUGAAGAAACUAAAUAUGGUAGUGGAGGAGGUCGUAUGGGGUCAAGAGGAAGAGGUCGAGGUAGAGGCAGAAGUUUGGAUAAAGCCACUGUUGAAUGCUAUAAAUGUCACAAAUUAGGGCACUUUCGUUUCGAAUGUCCAAGUUGGGACAAGGCAAACUAUGCAGAGGCAGAAGAGGAAGAAGAAAUGUUGUUGAUGACACUUACUGAAUUAGAAAGCUCUGAAGGGAAUAUGGAAUGA